AUAUAGUGCAUGCCGGGUCCGGGGGAGAGCGGAUAUAGUGAAUGCGGGGUCCGGGGGAGAGCGGAUAUAGUGAAUGCGGGGUCCGGGGAGAGCGGACAUAGUGAAUGCGGGGUCCGGGGAGAGCGGACAUAGUGAAUGCGGGGUCCAGGGAGAGCGGAUACAGUGAAUACAGGGUCCGGGGAGAGCGGAUAUAGUGCAUGCCGGGUCCGGGGGAGAGUGGAUAUAGUGAAUGCGGGGUCCGGGAUGACAUUAAAGAUGCUCAUACAUGGGAGAAUCUGAUCUUAAUGCAAUGAGUGAUCAGAGC